ACCCACUCCAGUAUUCUUGCCUGGAAAAUCCCAUGGGCAGAGGAGCCUGGUAGGCUACAGCCCAUGGUAUUGCAAAGAGUCGGACAUGAUUGAGUGACUUUACUUUACUUUCUUUUCUUUUCAUAGAGAGACAAUCAUAAGGGGAAAACACAUGAAAUAGAUUUAAUUCAACAUCUGCUUAUCAAUACAGAGUUCUCCUGUACGCUGAACUUCCUAUCACAUGAUGUUCACUCCAAAGAGUUACCUGUACAUCCCUUUUUUCUCUCCAGGACUUUUUGAUGACUUUGCAAACCAGUCAACAAUUCAGCACAAAGGCAUGAGGAAUCACGCUGGCACGUUGUGACCGAAUCACACAAUUACAUAGGAUGCGUCCCAAUCUGAAAAUGCCCAGACAGCAAAUGGCAGAGGUAAAUGGAACCAAACAUCAGAGCCAGCACAGUUUGAGGGAGACUUGAAACUCAGACUCCACCGUCCAGGGGGAAGGUUUCCUGCUGUGCCAUGGACUAAAGGUGACAGAAAAUGACAGCAAGACUUCUAGGAACACUGCUGACUGUGCUCUCCCUUGGUCUCUUUGGAAUCCUGGAGGCAACAAAAAUAUCAUGCAGAAAUGAAGAAGGUGAAGCUGUGGACUGGUUUACCUUUUAUAAGUUGCCCAAAAAACAAAGCGAGGAAAGCAGAGAGACUGGGUUAGAGUACCUGUAUCUAGACUCUACAACCAGAAGCUGGAGUAGGAGUAAGCAACUGAUGAAUGCCACCAAGAGUGUUUUGGGAAGGACAUUACAACAACUGUAUGAAGCACCUGCCUCUGAGAGUAACAGCACAGCCUAUCUAAUAUACAAUGAUGGAGUCCCUAAAUCCGUGAAUUACAGCAGAAAGUAUGGACACACCAAAGGUGUACUUCUGUGGAACAGAGUCCAGGGGUUCUGGUUGAUUCAUUCCAUUCCCCAUUUUCCUCCAGUUCCGGAAGAAGGCUAUGAUUAUCCACCCACAGGGAGACGAAAUGGACAAGCUGGCAUGUGCAUAACUUUCAAGUACAACCAGUAUGAAGCAAUAGACUCUCAGCUCUUGGUCUACAACCCAAACAUUUACAGCUGCUCCAUCCCUGUAACCUUUCACAUGGAGCUCAUCCACAUGCCCCAGCUAUGUGCUGGAUCCAGCUCCUCAGAGAUCCCAGGCCGGCACCUGGCCACACUUCAGUCAGCCCAGGGACAAAAAUUCCUCCAUUUUGCCAAGUCUGAGUCUUUUCUUGACGACAUCUUUGCAGCCUGGAUGGCUCAACAAUUGAAGACACACUUGCUAACAGAAACCUGGCAGCGGAAGAGACAAGAGCUUCCUUCAAACUGCUCCCUUCCUCACCAUGUCUACAAUAUCAAAGCAAUUAAGAUAUCUAGACACUCUUAUUUCAGCUCUUAUCAGGAUCAUGCCAAAUGGUGUAUUUCCCGCAAGGGCACCAAAAAUCGCUGGACAUGUAUUGGAGACCUAAAUCGGAGUCCAUACCAAGCCUUCAGAAGUGGUGGAUUCAUCUGUACCCAGAAUCAGCACAUUUACCGGGCAUUUCAAGGAUUAGUUUUAUAUUAUGAGAACUGUAACUAAACUUGGUGAAAGGACGUAUGUGCUAUCAUUUUCAACACUGACAAGGGGUCUUCUUCUACUAGAUUCAUUCUUUAUAUAUUAAAAGCCUGUGAAUUUACUUAUUGUCCAUCAUCAUCUUAGUCACUCAGUCAUGUUCAGCUCUUUGAGACCCCAUGGACUGUAGCCCACCAGGCUCAUCUGUCCAUGGGAUUUUUCAGGCAAGAAUACUGGAAUGGGUUGCCAUUUCCUUCUCCAGUACUUAUGGUCCACACAUCAUCAAAUAAAAUGCUUUUCUCCCAUGCCUACCAUGUUAUCUUCCAAAUAGUGGCAAUUUAUCUACUUUCAUUUAUAUGCCAUAAACAUGCAUGUAUAUAUACAUAUAUAUGAUUAAUAAAAUAUAUAUUUAUUUUAUAUAUAUUUAAAUAUAUAUAUAUAUAAAAUGAAAGGAGUGAAAGGAAAAAGUUUUGUUCCAGAUUAGUCAGCUCUCAAUUGUCCAUGGAGUGACUGGCCAUCUCCGAGAGUAAUUUCAUCUUCACAAAGAAUUCCCUGACUCUCCUCCUCACCCCUUUUUGAAGAAGAGACAUUUCUAUCUCUCUGUACAUCAAACUACUUAGUCAUUUUCCUCCUAAAGUUCUUUUCAGUGGUUUAUGGUUAAGUCUAAUUGGUCAUUCUUGAACUAGUAUGUGUUAGUUGCUCAGUUGUGUCAACUCUUUGUGACCCCAUGGACUGUAGCCUUCCAGUCUCCUCAGUCCAUAGAAUUCUCCAGGCAAGAAUACCAGAGUAGGUUGCCAUUCUCUUCUCUAGGGGAUCUUCCCAACCCAGGGAUUGAACCCAGGUCUCCUGCAUUACAAGCAGAUUCUGUACCAUCUGAGCCACCAGGGAAGCCCAUUAAUUGUAUGAUCUUGGGCCAUUCCAUUGAACUCUCUAAGCCUCGGUUUUCUUCUCUAUGAAAUGGAGAUAAUAUUUAGGUAUGCUCAAGUACCUAGCACAGAGCCUGGAGCAGCUAACACUUAAAAAUACAGGUGGAAUUUGAAUGUGAAUCACCCUGCAGUGAGAAAAGACAAAAGGAAGUUUAGAAAUGAUUACUAAAAAAAAAAAAAAAGAAAUGAUUACUAUUUUUCAAAAAUAAAAAAUUGUCAGAUUAAGAGGAAGAAAUAAAACAACCCACCAACUUGGGGGAAAUAAAGAAGUGGAACAUAAACUAGAAUUAAAUCUAGUAAUCUUAA